AUGCAGUUCAGUCGGACGAACAUGAUACCAAAUCAAAAACAACAAAUUCAAAACAUACCACCAAAUAGUAAUACAAGUGUACGUCAACAAGAACAUCGGGCACGACAAGAAACCACUCGCCAACAACCAAUACUUCCAGUAAUCCGACAACGAUACAGAACGUAUUCGGAAAUUGAACGGGACCAUAAAUAUUGGAAAGCUUUUGGUUUUCCUGAAUACAUGGAUGAAGUAUACAGCGACACAUUAUUGGAAGCAUAUGAAUGGGAACAGAUAUACCCAAAAGAACGAUGGGAACAAGAGCAAUUAAACGAAUUUCAAGGAUUUGCUGCCAUCGAACAGUUACAUUUAAUGGAAGGCGAAAUUCAACAACAAAACCAAAUAAAUGAGGCUAAAGAAAUGCCAGAAGAAGAACAAGAAGAAACAAAUCAACAACUCAUUUAA